GUUCCUGGUUGGUGGGACCGCGUUGAGAAAGCCGGGGCGGGCAGAGGAGAGCGGGGCCUGAAAGAAAAAGAAGAAGAAGAAGAAGAAGAAGAGAAAGAAAAGAGUCGCGCGCGGAGGGAAUCGGGGAGAACUCCGCUCAUUUGUCACUUUUGUCUUUCGAAGAAGCAGGAGUCGGGAGCUCGGCGCCCCUUGGCCGUUUUCAUCUCCCCCCCCCGGACGGUGUUCAUUAUGUCUGCGCUGGGACCGGAGAACGAGAACGUGAGCUCCCUUUCGGGCACCGCUUCAGUUCCCAGCGGCGGCAUGGAGAACCCAGGAGGGGGGCCGGCUUCCGCCGAAGGGACUCCCGGGAUAAACGACGAAGGAACGGAACUUGGUGAUGAAUCUCCAGGAAAACAAAAAGAAAAUCAAGAACCAGAUCCUACAUAUGAAGAAAAAAUGCAAACCGAUCGAGCAAACAGAUUUGACUAUCUGUUGAAACAGACAGAGUUGUUUGCACAUUUCAUUCAGCCUGCUGCUCAGAAGACUCCAACCUCACCCUUAAAAAUGAAACCAGGAAGACCAAGAAUAAAAAAAGAUGAAAAACAAAAUCUGUUAUCUGUUGGAGACUAUCGCCAUCGUAGAACUGAACAGGAAGAGGAUGAGGAGCUUUUAACAGAAAAUUCCAAGACUACUAAUGUAUGCACUCGAUUUGAAGAAUCUCCAUCCUAUGUGAAAUGGGGAAAAUUGCGUGAUUAUCAAGUCAGAGGAUUGAACUGGCUCAUUUCUUUGUAUGAAAAUGGUAUCAAUGGUAUUUUAGCAGAUGAAAUGGGUCUUGGAAAGACAUUGCAAACAAUUUCUCUUCUUGGGUACAUGAAACAUUACAGGAACAUUCCAGGUCCUCAUAUGGUGUUGGUUCCUAAAUCAACUUUGCAUAAUUGGAUGAAUGAGUUCAAGAGAUGGGUGCCAACUCUUCGAGCAGUAUGUCUGAUAGGUGACAAAGACCAGCGGGCUGCUUUCGUGAGAGAUGUUUUGCUGCCUGGUGAAUGGGAUGUCUGUGUAACAUCAUAUGAAAUGCUCAUUAAAGAGAAAUCAGUAUUCAAAAAAUUUAACUGGAGAUACCUAGUUAUUGAUGAAGCCCACAGAAUUAAAAAUGAAAAGUCAAAGUUGUCAGAAAUUGUAAGAGAAUUCAAGACUACAAAUAGGUUAUUGUUAACUGGAACACCAUUACAGAACAACUUACAUGAACUGUGGGCACUUCUUAAUUUUUUAUUGCCAGAUGUCUUUAAUUCAGCUGAGGAUUUUGAUUCAUGGUUUGAUACAAACAACUGUCUUGGGGAUCAAAAAUUAGUAGAACGGCUUCACAUGGUACUACGACCAUUUUUGUUACGUCGUAUAAAAGCUGAAGUAGAGAAAAGUUUGCCUCCAAAAAAAGAAGUUAAAAUAUAUGUUGGUCUCAGCAAAAUGCAAAGGGAAUGGUACACAAGAAUCUUAAUGAAGGAUAUAGAUAUAUUGAACUCUGCUGGAAAACUGGAUAAAAUGAGACUAUUAAACAUUCUUAUGCAGUUACGAAAAUGUUGCAAUCAUCCAUACCUUUUUGAUGGAGCAGAGCCUGGUCCCCCUUAUACAACAGAUAUGCAUUUGGUUACCAAUAGUGGCAAAAUGGUAGUUUUGGAUAAAUUGUUGCCAAAAUUGAAAGAACAGGGAUCACGAGUCUUAGUCUUCAGCCAGAUGACAAGAGUGUUAGAUAUAUUAGAAGAUUACUGUAUGUGGCGAAAUUAUGAGUAUUGCAGACUUGAUGGGCAGACACCUCAUGAUGAAAGACAAGCUUCCAUUAAUGCAUAUAACGAACCUGGCAGUUCGAAAUUUGUCUUUAUGCUGAGCACACGGGCUGGUGGUUUGGGAAUCAACCUAGCUACAGCUGAUGUUGUGAUUCUAUAUGAUUCUGACUGGAAUCCACAAGUAGACCUUCAGGCUAUGGAUCGUGCACAUAGAAUUGGCCAGACAAAGACUGUUAGAGUAUUCAGAUUUAUUACAGACAACACUGUAGAAGAAAGAAUAGUAGAAAGAGCAGAAAUGAAACUUCGCUUAGAUUCCAUAGUUAUUCAACAAGGAAGACUAGUAGAUCAGAAUCUGAAUAAAUUGGGAAAAGAUGAAAUGUUGCAGAUGAUUCGACAUGGAGCUACCCAUGUCUUUGCUUCAAAAGAGAGUGAAAUUACAGAUGAAGACAUUGACGGUAUUUUGGAAAGAGGUGCAAAGAAAACUGCAGAAAUGAAUGAAAAACUUUCCAAAAUGGGUGAAAGUUCACUCAGAAACUUUACAGUGGAUACCGAAUCUAGUGUGUAUAACUUUGAAGGAGAAGAUUACAGAGAGAAACAAAAGAUGGCAUUCACAGAGUGGAUUGAGCCACCUAAACGUGAAAGAAAAGCUAACUAUGCUGUUGAUGCUUAUUUUAGGGAAGCUCUUCGUGUCAGUGAACCAAAAGCACCAAAGGCCCCGCGACCUCCAAAACAACCUAAUGUUCAGGAUUUCCAAUUCUUUCCACCACGUUUGUUUGAACUGUUGGAAAAAGAAAUUCUUUAUUACAGAAAAACUAUUGGAUAUAAGGUACCUCGUAAUCCUGACUUGCCAAAUGCAUCUCAGAACCAAAAGGAAGAACAAAUUAAAAUUGAUGAAGCUGAACCGCUUAAUGAAGAAGAAUUAGAUGAAAAGGAAAAACUACUUACUCAGGGAUUUACAAACUGGAAUAAAAGAGAUUUCAAUCAGUUCAUUAAAGCUAAUGAAAAAUGGGGUCGUGAUGACAUUGAAAAUAUAGCUCGAGAAGUAGAAGGAAAAACUCCAGAGGAAGUCAUUGAAUAUUCUGCUGUUUUCUGGGAACGAUGUAAUGAGCUUCAGGACAUAGAAAAGAUUAUGGCACAAAUUGAAAGAGGCGAAGCUCGAAUUCAGAGGAGAAUUAGUAUUAAAAAAGCACUUGACACAAAGAUUGGCAGAUACAAAGCACCUUUUCACCAAUUGAGAAUAUCAUAUGGUACUAACAAAGGGAAGAAUUACACAGAAGAAGAAGAUCGGUUUUUGAUCUGUAUGCUUCAUAAACUUGGAUUUGACAAAGAAAAUGUUUAUGAUGAAUUGAGACAGUGUAUUCGAAAUUCUCCCCAGUUCAGAUUUGACUGGUUUCUCAAGUCUAGAACUGCAAUGGAAUUACAAAGAAGAUGUAAUACCUUAAUCACUUUGAUUGAAAGAGAAAACAUGGAAUUAGAAGAAAAAGAGAAGGCAGAAAAGAAGAAACGUGGACCUAAACCAUCUUUGACACAGAAACGUAAAUUGGAUGGUACUCCUGAUGGAAGAGGAAGAAAAAAGAAACUAAAGCUGUGAAUACUGAAUUCUUUUAAUCACUAAACUUAAGCUAGUUCUUUAAUUUUACGGGUCUUCAUAAGAUGUACUUUACAAUUCUCAACUAUUAUGUCAUUAAAGGACAUUGGGUUCAUGUGUUUGUUUACUUGCUGAACUAGAAGAGUAACGUAGUGUCACGUUUUUAAAUAAAACAGCUGUGCUGAACUUUUUUUUACCAUUAACACUUGAAAUAAAAAAAUAGGCUUCACCUAGUAGUUGAUUUUUUAAUAUGUAUAUAUAUAUAUGUAUAUGUAUAUAUUGUUCAAUUCUUUAUUUCACCAAUAUGCUAAAUUACACUAUCCGCUAAUAGUUUAUAGAUAUAGUGCUUAGGUUUCCCAGGCUUUAACGUUUUCAAUGUAUGUCCUUAGCUGUUAUGGACAUAUACCCAGUGAAAAAGAAACCAUUUAUCACUGAGCAAAUUAUUUAGAAUUAUCCAUGCUGUUCCUUUGGUUUUCCAAGAUGAUCUCUGUACUUUAGCUUAACUUUUGCCUUUUUAAAUAGGCAGUUAAAGAUAUCAAACAUCCAGCCACCCAACAUUUUUAUUUUCUAUGAAAAUGUCUGUGGGACACAAAAGUGUCAUUGGAAAUAUUACAUUGGAAUUUGUGCUUUGCAUUAUAGGAUAGAGUCAGUCUUGUUGAUCAACAAAGUAACUAUGGUUGUUGUGCUUAUCUCAGUCAUUUUUCCCCUUUUGGGGACUACUUUUUCUUUUUACUUGCCAAUUAUUAUAUUCUGCUCAAUCAUAAUAGUAAUAAGACAAGAAGCCAAGAAUCAAACUGUAUUCCCAUUUGUACAUCAUGUUAACUGCAUUAGUAACUGGUAAGCCAAAGAAAAUCAUCUCAAAUUAGCUUAUUACACAAUAACCAGAAGAAGAGGAUAGAAUAAUGUUUAAGUGAAAACCUUUCCACUCAAAUUUUAUUUCUAGAUUUCUCACAGAAAACAAGAAUUAGUCUUGUUCUUGGUUGUGCUCUUUAGUCCACCUAAUAGAGGUACGGUUUGACUGCUUUCUAUAUAACCUUCACUUAUGCUAUCCCUGAAAAAAUGGUCACUUAGCAGUCACUGGUAAUGAUCAAGCUUUGCAUGUACAACUGAAACAUUCUGAUCAUGGAUUGAACUUUUUAUUUCAUCAUUCAAUUGUGGAAACCACCAACUUCACACUUAGCCUAUCAAUUUACAUUGUUAUAAUAAAAUGUAAUUAGCUAAUAUGGUCAUGUGAAAAAGAAAGUACACCCUCUUUGAGUUCUAUGCUUUUAUGUAUCAGGACAUAGUAAAAAUCAUCUGGUCCUUAACUGUUCUUAAAAAUAGGUAAAUACAACCUCAUAUAAAUAACAACGUAUGUCAUCAUUUAUCUUACAAAAAGAAAGCCAAAAUGGAGAAGCCAUGUGUGAAAAACUAAGUACAUCCUUACAGUUCCCAUAGGUAUGAAGAGCCUAAAUAUCAGCCAGAUGCUGCUAAUCAAGCCCUUGAUCAAUUAAUCAUCAGCAAGUGUGACUACCUCAAUAAAAGCCAAAGUUUUAGGAGUUUGUUUUUUAGCGUUGAGGUGUGUGUUACAAUGUCAAAGUGGAAAGACAUCAAGCAAUGAUCUUAAGAGAAGUAAUUGUUGCCACCUAUCAAUCUGGGAAGGGUUAUAAGGCUAUUUCCAAACAAUUUAAAGUCCAUCAUUCGUGAGGAAGAUUAUUCAGAAGUGGAAAACAUUCAAGACAGUCAAUCUUCCCAGGAGUGGCAAAUUCAAUUCAAGGUCAAACUGUAAUGGUCAAAAAAAUUGCAAAAAACCCCACAAGAUCUCAAACGCUACAGGCCUAAGUUAGCAUUAAAUGUUAAGUUCAUGACAAAUUAGAAAAAUACUGAACAAGUAUAGUUUUGGAAGGGUUGUCAGCAGAGAGUCUCUUCUCUCUAAAAAACAUUGCAGCAGGCUUAGGUUUGUGAAGUUGUAUCUGAACAAAUUGUAAGACUUCUGGAACACUGUCCUUUGACAGAUGAGACCAAAGUGGAGAUGUUUUGCCAUAAUGCAGGGGUGCCCAAACUUGGCAAUUCUGGGAGUUGAAGUCCACAAGUCUUAAAGUUGCCAAGUUUGGAGACCUCUGCAAUGAUGCAUAGUGCUCUUUUGGCAGAAAUAAAAAAAAACAGCAUAUCAGUACAAACAUCUCAUACCAACUGUCAAGCACAGUAAAGGAGGGCUUGAUGAUUUGGGCUUUUUUUUGCAGCCACAGGACUUGGGUACUUUGCAGUCAUGAGUCAACCACAAAUACCAAAGUAUUGUAGAAUCAAAUCUGAGGCCAUCUGCCGGCCAUCUGCUAAAGUUUAGUUGACGUUAGGUCAUGCAACAGGACGAUGAUCCUGAGCACAGCAGCAAAUCUGUAACAAAAUGGUUGAAAAAGUGUUGCAAUGGCCCAGACCUCAACCCAAUUGAAAUGCUGUGGUGGGACCUCAAGUGAGCUAUACAUAAACAAAUGCCCACAACCCCGAUGAAUGGAAGCAAUGUUGUAAAGAAGAGUGGGCCAACAUUCCUCCACAACGAUAUGAGAGACUGAUAAAGUCAUAUAGAAAAUGAUUACUUCAAGUUGUUGCUGCUAAAGGUUCUACAGGCGUUUGAAUCAUAAGUUGUACUUAGUUUUUCACACAUGGUUUUUCCAUUUUGGCUUUCUCGUAAAAUAAAUGAUGACAUGGUGUAAUUUGUUGUAUUUACCUACUUUUAAGAAUUGCUAAGUAUCUCAUGAUUUUUACUAUGUCCCGAUAUGUAAAAUCACAGAACUCCAAGAGGGUGUACACUCUUUCAUAUGACUGUAUAUAUUUUACAUUAGGAAAUGUUAGGAAUAAAACAGGAAAAAUCUAUGUAAGGAUACAU